UUAUUUACUAAACCGUGUUGAUUUGUUGUUACAUUGAUUGUAAAGUCUACGACAUAUGAAUUCUUAAAUAAAUAAAAGUUUGAUGAAAAAAUCAAUGAUAAAUGACAAGUGGGGUGAAUGCUGAAUAAUGGCAAAAGUAUUAAGAUCAUUUACAUCCAUUUGAUUUGUGAUAAACAUUGACCACACCUCCAAAUUACUUCUCUUCAAUCCAAAUCAGAGAAUCAAUCUCUCACUGAGUUUUGCUGCAAAAACAAUAUCCACAGCUUUGAUUAGACAUGGCUGUUGCUGCUUAUGCAUCCUUGGUUUCUCUCACUCAUGUCCUCGACAAUCUCCACUACCGCGCCCGAUUUAAUAUCCCUCGUGCUGACAUCAACCAAGUUGAAGCUCUCCAGAAAAAUGUCAAUUCCUUGCUGGAAUUUGUUGAGCUUCAUUCCCAAAGGAAGAUCCCUGAGCUUCGAGGUUUGUGGAGGAAAAUGGCUGAGGCUGCCGCUGAAGCAGAAAGUGACAUCAACUUCCAUGUAGCCAAUCUACUCUAUGCCAAAUCUCAAGGAGAAACGAGUGAUACUUCAAGCUUCUCAGCUUUCUGUGAUGAAAUGGAGACACUGAUCCAAAAGUUUUGUUCCAUUGAAAAAGAGUUUCCGGUGAUUGAAGAAGUCGGGGAAGAUGCUCCAGCUCAAAAGCAAUCCAAUUAUGCUUCUGUUGCUGCUGGUGGUUCGCCUGCAGCUACAUCAUAUGUCAGCAGUGUUGUGGUUGGACUGGAUGAGCAUGUGAACACGAUCAGGGACAAGCUCGUCAGAGGUAGAUCUAAGCUCGAAAUCCUCCCAAUUGUCGGCAUGGGAGGUAUUGGUAAGACCACUCUCGCUAAAAGUCUCUAUGAUGAUUCAUUUGUUGUCGACCACUUUGAUUUGCGCAUCUGGCUUACUAUAUCUCAAGAAUAUAGUGCUGAACAAAUCCUUAAAGUUGGUCUUGAAGGAAAUGCAGGAGAAAACGAACGUUUAAAUGAGUUGGGAACUAGAUUCUACCAAAAAUUAUUCGGUAGAAGGUACUUGAUUGUUAUGGAUGACAUGUGGUCAACUGGACCUUGGGAUGAGUUACGGAGGUUUUUUCCAAACGAUGAGAAUGGAAGUCGUAUUAUGUUGACGACUAGAUUCUCAAACAUCGGUGCUUUUUUGGGUUCUUAUGAUCCUUACUCAUUGAAUUUUCUAGAUGAGAACGAAAGUUGGGAUUUAUUUUGUCAAAAUGCCUUUUCACGAAAGGGUUGUCCAUAUCGUCAUUUAGAGAGUUUUGCAAAGGAGAUCACAAAAUGUUGUCGAGGGCUUCCUUUAGAAAUUGUUGUUGUUAGUCGUUUGCUUGCUAAUUCUGACAUGACCGCAAAAUAUUGGGAGAAUGUUGGAAAAAAUAUUAGUAUGCUUGCUAGUUUGGGAGAUGACGACCAUUGUAUGAGAAUUUUAUCUUUAAGUUACCAGAGUUUACCUAUCCAUCUCAAACCAUGUUUUUUAUAUUUGAGAGCUUUUCCUGAAGAUAGUCGGAUUAAUGUCUCAGAGCUAGCCGACUUAUGGAUUGCGGAAGGAUUCAUUAAAGCAAAAAGGAGUAGAAGUUUGGAAGAUAUUGCAAUGGAGUAUGUCAAAAGUCUCAUUGAUAGAAAUCUAAUAUUUUGGAGGAAUACAAAUCGAUGUGGCAUUCAUGAUCUUUUACGGGAUCUUUGUUUAAGAGAGUUUGACAAAGAAUGUUUUCUCCGAUUUCCUAGGAGGCAAAGUGUUGACAUAGUAUCAAGAUAUGGCAUGCAUUGUAAUCUUUGUUUUAAAAGACUCGAGGAUAAAGAAGGAAUGGAUGUUUCGAAACCAUUUUACGUAUUUGGAUCAACAUCACAAGUUAAUCUUUUUGUUUGCCGAGCUUGUAAAAUGGUUUAUUCUCGUAUUAAGAGGCCUAGUUUGGUGAAGGCUGUAAGUUACAUAGAUAGUUUUGACAAAGAUAUUUUUCAUCCGAUAGAGUUGCGUCGAGCUAGUUUAGAUUAUGCAAAAGUAUUGUCUCCUUCAACAUUACACUUACUUUGGAAUCUUCGAAGUUUAAAAUAUAGUUUAGGUUCUUCACAUGUUGUUCUACCACGAGAGAUUUGGGAGAUGCCGCAACUCAGAGAUAUUCAAUCAUCGGGUGAUGUUGUUUUACCUAAUCCUAUAGCCAUUGAUAUCGAGGAGAAAGAUGUUCUUGUCCUAAAAGACCUUCACACCAUAGAUGGAAUAAAAAAUCUCAUGUGUACAAAGGAAAUCAUUGCUCGAAUCCCGAAUUUGAAGAAAUUGAAGGUUCAUUAUAGUCAUGAAUAUAAAAAGAGAGCGCAACGAUCGAACUAUUCUCUAUGUAAUCUUGCGCGACUACAAAAACUCGAAUCUUUAUUUAUAGGUGGUAGCUCGGUGUGCACGACCUUCCCUAAGUCACUCAAGGAAUUGUCGUUGUGGUUCUACAGAAUGACGUGGGAAGAUAUGUCGAUUGUUGGUUCAUUGCCUAGUCUUGAAAAACUUUCAAUAUGUGGUGGCAUCCGAGGAUCCGAAUGGGACUUGGUUGAAGGACAAUUUCGUCGUCUGAAAAAACUAGCCGUCGCAUAUAAUGAUUUAGUGUGUUGGCGAGCUGAGGCAGCGCACUUCCCGGUUCUUGAAAUGCUUACGCUUCAAAGACUACGUUUCUUGGAGGAGAUCCCUUCGAGCAUUGGCGAUAUACUAACGUUGCAAACAAUUAUGUUGGACAGCUGCCGCGACUCGGUUAUUGAUUCGGCGAAGCAAAUAUGGGAGGAACAAUACGAGGCGGGAAAUGAGAUUCGAAUUGAAGUUAUUGAUAAUGUUCGCGACGUCUCAUACAAAAUUGGUACUCAUACUGCAAGAAUGACAGGGGCUGCUUGCGAAUCUUUGGCAUAUUUAAAAUGUCUCAAUGAUAGACUCGAGAAGAUCGCUGAAAAUGGCCGCCACUCUCUAAACCGAAAACAAAUAGAAGGUGUCGAGGAAGAUAUACAUUUCUUGCGGGAAUUUUUGAAACAUUUUCACCUAAGUAAAAGCGAAACAAUCGAAGGUGUGUCGAGGGAAAUAAUGGCUCAGGCUGUCCGUAAAGCAGAGGUUGUAAUCCGUAGGCUACGUUUGGAAACUUUGACGCCUAUAUUUGGUAAGAACAUCCUCGAGGAUGUCGCAAGAUUGUUGGAAAAAACAGAGUCGAUAAAAAAUGAGCUAAGGGUGACUAAAGAAGGAAAAGAAGAAGAUGGCGAGGCUGGAUACGAAAGAGUUCAAAUUGAUAUCGACUCGCUUAGAAUUCGACAGGUAGCGCCUGUUAAUGAUGAAGAUUUGCGAGAAUAUCAAAUUGGUAGUGUCGUCGCGACAAUGACAGAGAAUGUUAGUUUAGCUUGGUCUGAAUUAGCAUGUGUCCGGGAGGUUCUCCGGAAGGCGUAUGAACUCGGACACCAUUGUCUAAACAUGAAACUAAUGGAAAAGGUCGAGGAAUCCAUCGAUUUCUUGGGGGAUGUCGUCGAAGUUGAUCCUGAAAAUAAAAUCCCAAAGAUUAAGAGUUUCUUGGUGAUAAGCUCUCCUCUCUCUGAAGCAGAAGUUAUGAAUUCGAAGUAUCUAUGGCGGGAAUCUUUGGAAGAUGUAAGUGAUGAAGAAAUCUUAUCCUUCUCGAAACUUUUGGAAACAUUAACAAACCAGACAAAGCUUAUAAAGGGGAGACUAAUGGGGAAAAAAGAAGACAAUGCUACUCUAAUUAAGGAAUCAAACGCGGAUGACAAUUCACAAUCUUCAUCUUGACAUAGGAUCUAUUCUCUAAGUAUAAUAUAGAGAUCUUCGGUUGAGGAGGUAACCGAUUUUUAUUUGGCGACAUGGAAGAUUGAGACAAGAAGAAUGGAAUCACUCCUAAUUCUUCUUCUUCAUCAUAUGCAAUAUUCGUAAAUUUCUUUACUCUUCAUAUUCAUUUUUGUUAAGAUAUAGAUUUGAAAAAUAUAUUUAUGAUUGUUACUAGUUGUUAUCUUCGUUGGAUUUUGGUUGAUCUCAGCAGAUUGUCUGGACGUCUGAUGGACUUCUAUUGAAGACUGGGCCUUCGUUAUUUCAGCUCAAAUGUUAUGGAGGCCCAUUUAGCCUAUGUCUCAGAAACCGCUUGAAUACGACGAUUGUGGUUCAGGUGAUGACAUGAUGAAAAAUUUUCUCGCAAAUAUAUGAUGUUCAUAUAUCUCAAAGUUCCGAUAAUUUUGAUAGUGGAUUACGUUUGAGUUGGAAUCCUCAGAUGUAGGCUGGCGCAGCCGAUCUGGAUUAACAUUCGUAGUCUGCCCCAGGAGCAAACAACUAACUUGUGAUUUGUGUAUUUACUAGUUUAUUGUUCAUCUAAGUGUUUGGUGUUGCUGUUUGUGAGUUGCUCGAUUUUGGGGCAACAAUAAUUAUGGUAUUUGUCUUAUUUAAUAAAUUCGUAGAACUUUUGCUUGGUUAGAAGAUUUGUAUGCCGCUAUCAUACUAGGCCCGACAAAAAUAUUAGCCG